AUCGUUAAAUUCCAUUAGUUUGAGUAUUUAAAAAAUCAGACCCUCAAAUUUUAUCAUCGUGCUAGUCACGUCUCGUGUUCGUCGCUUUGUGCCUCGAGACCAUAUAUCACAUCAAUCCCCGAAAUGAAAGCAAUCUCGAGGAAAAAGAGAUAGCGCCACGCGGUCCGUUAUAUAAAAAACUUUUCAACCGAGCUGUACCUACCUACUUGGUAUACACACUGUCCAUUCAAAUAUAUAUAUAUAUGUGUGUGUGUGUAUAUGAUAUGGCCCUGUUAAAGCCAGGCGGUGGUACCACACACAGACGCUGAGUAACCGCCAGAGGAAACGUGUCGCUCCACAAGUCAGAUCGGAUUUCCCAUUUCCGUGCAUGAGAACCGAUCGCGCGCCGCACCUACAUCUACUACUACUACUCCUUUUUCUUUUUCCCCCUUUAUACGAUCGGCAAUGUCGGUAUAUCUACUAGACAGUAAUAAUAACCAGCUUCUGUCCAGUGAGGAGCCGGAUGCCUCCGAGUCGGAGAGCGUCGUGCUUACCAGGAUAAACAGCUCGAGUUCCAUGGAGGUGACUUCCCCGCUCGGCUUGAGCUUUUGUGCUCUGAGUCAGCGCGACGUCCCCCUGAGCCUCGUCGUCACCGGUAAGCAUCAGGAAAAGUCGGCAGCUACGGUUGGCGAGCCAACAAAGAAGAGGCGCCAGAUCGAUGAUGGGCCAAACGCGUCGGACGCCUGCAGUCUGAAGAUCCUGACGCUGGACGAGGUUGCGUGGCACGAUACCGUCGACGAUUGCUGGAUCGUCGUUUACGACUACGUGUACGACGUGACCGGCUUUGUCAACGCCCAUCCGGGGGGCGAAGACGUGCUGCUCGAGUACGCCGGUAGGGACGCGACUUUGGCCUUUGUGGGGACCGGUCACUCGAAAUCGGCUACGAGAAUAAUGGAAAAGUACCUGGUCGGCGAGUUACCCCCCUCCGAGAGGAUAUUCCGCACCUCGAACGGUAUUAAGAUUGCCAAUUUUGCGUGACAUGGCCAACAAGUCAUUAUUAACUAAUGCGUAACUUUAUAAAGGUAAAUAAAUAAUAAAUAUAAAUAAUCCGUAUGUAGUUACCAGUGCGCGUCAAGUUUCAAUACAAGUUGUUGCCGUAUAAGCCAAUAUUUCAUUAGUGCGUGCGGAAAAUGAGAUGCCGAUUGUCAAGGCUACUUACUUACUUACUUACUUACUUACUUACUUGUUGUUGGCAUGCAACCGCAAAGAAAUGUGUGAUAUAACUAUAUUAUUGGUGUUCACAUGAACUUGAUCCUUUACUGCGACUAUUAUUCUAGAGUUGAUGAUUAAUGUAACACAAGCUCUUACAGAGUGCAUAUCCUGCUUUAAUACCUUUUUUUUUAACCAAUUUUACUGUUACUCGUACAUAGGUGCAACGACAUUUUAUAAUAUUUGUAAUUACUGCUGGUUCCUCCACUCAUGUAGGUACACUCAGUUGAACUCUGAUCUGUCCCGCACCCUAUUUCAGAACUAUGGGGUGAAGUACUGUUCAAUAAUAGGGUCCGGGAUAGAACAAAGUUCCACUGACUGUACGUCGCCAUACGAACGUUCGUUCGUAUGUUGUUGGUGUUCUCGUAUACUUUUUGUUGUACUUUUUUAAUCGUAGAUUUCAGUAUUUAUUUCCAGACGGCAUUUAUGCUUCGAUAUCAUAGGAAAAAAAAAAACCAAACUAUUCUCCCUCUGAUACCGUGUCAUUUUCCCAUUACAGUCGAUAUAAUUAAUUGCUCUAUUCAUUUUGAGUGUAAAAAAAAUUGUAAGACUUGUGACUGAGCGUUUCAUCGUAUCGUAAUUAAUGUAGUCAGAAAACUUGUUACUUACCAAUAAAUAAAUUUCUUUAUGGAA